GUCAAAACGUCCGUAAAGACACCGCCCCGUUUAAACUUAGAAAUAAACAAGCGGAAAGCGGAUGAAAAUCUAUAUUUGUCUUCGGAGAGGAUCGUGUGCGCGUAGCUAACAGGUGCAUGCAACUAUAACGUGUUAAAUAAUUUCGGCAGGUUUUUCGUUUUUCGGCAGGUUUUAGCAUUUAGCUAGGCUAAGCUAGGCUAAGCUAGCUUGAGCUGCAAACAUGAUGGCGUCUGGUUACAACGCUAAGGAAGAAGACGGCCAUCAUCCCGGGGCCUCUGGGGCUACUGGAAACGCUGUCCGGAGUAAAAAACCAGACAACACGGCUUUCAAACAGCAGCGUUUACCGGCGUGGCAGCCGAUUCUUACGGCUGGUACCGUGUUACCGGCGUUCUUCGUUAUCGGACUGAUCUUCAUCCCUAUCGGUAUCGGGUUGUACGUAACGUCCAACAACAUCAAGGAGUUUGAGCUUGAUUACACCGGGGUAGACCCCUCAAGUCCAUGCUAUAACUGCUCACAGGGCAGCUGGAACAGCACGACGCAGUGUAAAUGCUCGCUGCCCUUCUCUCUCGAGCAGCCCUUUGAGAGCAAUGUUUUUAUGUACUAUGGCCUAUCGAACUUCUACCAAAACCAUCGUCGCUACGUGAAAUCCAGAGAUGACAGCCAGCUGAAUGGAGACCUCAGUUCUCUGAAGGAACCGAGUAAAGAAUGCGAGCCGUACCGCACAAUUGGAAAAGCAGCCAUUGCCCCUUGUGGUGCUAUUGCUAACAGCAUGUUUAACGACACACUGGAACUGAUGUAUAUCGAUCCCAACGGAAGCAAAGUACCAAUUAAAUUGAUAACGAAGGGCAUUGCCUGGUGGACGGAUAAGCAUGUGAAAUUCAGAAACCCUGGUGGCAGUAACUCCAACCUCACUGCUGCCUUUCAAGGAACUGUAAAACCAGUAAACUGGCGUAAGGCUGUCUAUGAGCUGGACUCGGACCCGGAGAACAACGGCUUCAUUAAUGAAGAUUUCAUCGUGUGGAUGCGGACGGCUGCCCUGCCCACGUUUAGGAAACUCUACCGCAUCAUCCAGAAGAGGAACAUGACGCAGACGCUUCCCAGAGGAAACUACACUCUGGAAGUCACUUACAAUUAUCCAGUGCGCAGCUUCGAUGGCCGGAAGCGCAUGAUCCUCAGCACCAUCUCCUGGAUGGGAGGAAAGAACCCGUUCCUGGGCAUCGCCUACAUCACAGUGGGCUCCGUCUGCUUCUUCCUCGGAGUCGUCCUGCUCGUCAUCCACCACAAAUACGGAAACCGCAACAAUAGCUCUGAUAUUCCCAACUAACUCGGGGUGAUCUCGACUCGCAUGCCGUCUGCCACAUGCAUGAUGAAGACCAACCGCUUACCCUCUGAGCUCCUCUGUGUGUAUAUGUGUCCCUGUGUGUAUAUGAGUCUCGUGCUUGGAGCGCAGCGCUGCAGAUCAUUUAAGUUUAUGACAGUUGUUGAAUUAUAUCUAUAUCUAUAUAUACGUAUUUAUUUUUUAAAGAGGUUAACAAUGUUCUGUAUCGAGUCAUGAUUUUAUUUUUAGCCAGUAUUUCUGUAAUUUAGUAUGGCACACAAGCUUCUAUAAUAUUACAUGUAUAUAUUUGCACAGGCUGUGAUAAGUGUGAAUGUAUAGAAGCUAUGGCUGAAUUCUUGCCUAAGUGUUACUGCCUAAAGAAAAUGACCGGACACGUGAUCCAAUACAUCGUCUGUAACAGCUGUAGUUCAGCCAAACACGAGCCUUACAGCUUUAGUGCAGAGGCUGAUUAACUAACAGUGAAACGCUUGUAAUUAAUACACAACUCUGAAGUUUAUACAGUGAAAAAUGGGUUUUGGGAUCGAAACUAAUUCCUCCUGCGGUUUAUAAAGCGAAUCGACAAUAUCGUUUGACCCAUGUGUGUUAUUUAAAUGCAUUCCUUUGUGGUUUUUUUUUAUUUUAACUGAGGGAUAUUGGUUUUAUGGUUUGAAGAUUUUGAGUGUUACAAAUUGUCAUCUUCAUGUCACGUCCAGCUGUUUGCACCUUAAUCUUGGCACAGCUUUAUGUCCUUCAUUUUGGUUACGGAUGUGUUUGUCGCUGUUGUUUUCAGAGAAAUAAAAUUAAAUGGAAACAAA